ACGAUAACACCACCUAUCAGAACCACGCCAAAAAUCUCCGUGUCUUCAUUGCGUUUGCACAUUCCAAUCACAUCCCUUUGCUUUCUUGCAAUUAGCAUGCUUUAUCUUUUCCGCUGCAUAUACCCUUGUCGUGCUUGCUUGAAAUGUAUUGUGAAUGCUUAAACUUGUGCUAAAACUCCAUCUCAACUUAAACAAUUUAAAAAUUACCACUUUUACUUGUUGAGGGUAUAAUUACCCCUCUAGAUUCCUCUUCUCAAUCCUUUCUUAUCUUAUAUAUAUGUCGGCCGAACCGAGAAGACUCAUGCCAUGCACAUGAGUCCAGCAUAUUGAGAGCAGGCUUUCUCAGGUGUCCGACCUUUGGAAUGGACUGGGCCUCUUUGAAGUAUUUCCCGACAGAAAAAUACACUACGAAAAACAAAUUCGACUCAAGCCGAAACCCAGCUAUCCACUAGGAGGCCAGGCCGGCCCAACACGCGAAUGGCCCAGUCUGAUUUCUUUCCCUCCAAAACCAAAACCAGCAAAAUGGCCCAAAACCCUACUAAAACCCUGGCGACCCGACCACACCUCUCCGCCCGCCGCCGGCGCCUCCUAUGCCCUUCCGCCCCACCUUCCCCCGCCGCUGCCUCGACGACCGCAAGCUCUCCUCCUUCCUCUCCGCGCUCGCCUCCUUCUCCGCCAACCCCUCCCCGUCGCCGCCCGCAGGAUCGGUUCCCGCAGCCCGCACCCCCGCCGCCUACAAUGCUCUCAUGUCCGCCUACUCCCGCGCCGGCCGCCCAGACGAGGUGCUCCGCCUCUUCCGCUCCCUCCCCUUCCCCCCCACCGCGCCCCUCUUCACCACCCUCAUAUCCUCCCUCGCCGUCUCCGGCCGCCCCCGCGCCGCGCGCGCUGCCUUCUCCUCUCUGCUCGUCUCCGGCCUCACGCCCACCGCUUCUGCCUUCACCGCACUGCUCAAGUGCCAUGAUGGCUCGCUCGACUCUAUGCACCACAUUUUCCUUGCGAUGACCUCCGCCAGCUGUUCACCUGAUGCCGCCGUGUACAACUGCUACAUUUCCAUGCUCUGCGACUCCGGGCGGCUGGAGGAGGCCUGGGGUAUCCUUGACCACAUGAUGGAUGGGGGAGUCCGCCCCACUGUCCGCUCCUACACCGCGAUUCUACGUGGAUACUGCGAGCAGGGUAAGAUUCUGGAAGCAGAGAGGUUAUUCGAUGCCAUGGUCGAUGCCGGCUGCUCCCCGGAUGUCGUAUCCUACAGCGUGCUUAUUGAGGGGCUUUGCGGCAUCAGGGAGUUUCAUAAGGUGGAGAGGAUAUUAGAAAGAAGUGAAGAGAAGGGGUGGACGCCCAAUGCUGUCACCUACAAUAUUUACAUGUCUGCUCUGUGCAGGAUGGGGUUCUUGGAUGAGGCAUGCCAUCAAGUAGAUAAAAUGCGCACCAGAGGGCUCUCGCCAACGGUUGAGACAUUGAGUAUUCUAUUUGAUUGCUUGUGCCGAGACUCAAAGUUUUCGGAGGCAGUCUGCUUGCUGGAACACAGUGAAGAAUUAGGCUGGCAUGCUGAUGUGUUCUGCUAUAACACUUUGAUGGGUAGGCUCUGCGAUGCCGGUGAUUUUGCAAGAGUCUUCAAGCUGCUGGUUGAUCUGUUGAAAAAGGGCAUUGGGCCAGAUAUGUUUAGUUUUACAAUUGCAAUACGUGGCCUCUGUGGAGUUGGGAAAUUCCGUCUGGCAAAGUGUCUAAUAGAUAAUGAGUGGAUUGGAUAUGAUGUUGUGGCUUUCAAUACUUUGAUUCAUGGAUUCUACAAUGCUGGGGAUUUACGUGGAGUCAAGCUAACUUACAUCAAUAUGUGCAGUAGGCAAAUUUCUCCAAACAACUUUACUAAUGCUACAUUGAUUGAUAGCUUAUGUAAAGAUCGAAAAUUUGUCGAGGCAAUAAACUCUCUUGCAUCUUUGAGAGAUGGGUCGGUGCCUGAUCAUGUUGUUCACCUGAACAAUCGGUUGGUCAAAGGAGUAAGAUAUACAAAGGUGCUCAACCUACUUGAUGAAAUACGCUGCAGAGGAUUUGAGCUAGAUACUUGCAUCUUCAUCCCAUUAGUUAGGGUAUUAUGCUGGGAAGGCUACUACAAGCGUGAGAAUAUCAAUGAAGUUUCCCUUAUACUGACCAGUCUAGGAAUUAGAUGAUAAUCUCAAGAUUGACUGAUUGAAUACCUGAAAUGAGAGUCUGAGUUAGCAUAAUCAUGCAAAUCACCUUUUGGUGCUGGUUCUCUCUUCCUUCGCACACCAGCAAUCUCUCAUCUUUCAUCAGGGGAGAAGUGCCUGAUUUUAGGAGCACCCCAGCUAGUUGGGCCUGGACAAGAUGAUCAACCUCAAAUGUGUUCUAGAGAAAAUAUUGGGCAUAAAGUGGAAACAAAAAGGUUGUUGCAGCAGACAAAGCAUUUGAGGGACCAAGCUGUUAAUGCCAGAUUUUUCUUAGAUCAUCAGGGAUCGGCUCCCCGGUUCCAUUUCAUGGAAAUGAAACCAAUGUUCAAAUAAGGUUGAGACCAGCUGCCAGAAUUGACAACUUAAUAUGGAUAUUGGAUGAAUUACAAUACGCCUUGGGCCCGACAAGAAGAAGGAAGACGCUUCUCCAUUUUGCAACGUUGUAAAGGGUCUAAGGCCUCUCCCAACGCUCCAGGCUGUAUCGGUGCUUAGCCUUCCAGAAAGACUUCAGUCUCGCUAGUAGUUCCGCGUGGAUUUCGACGUUUAGCUUGUUACCUCAGCUACGAUCUUGUGCCCUCGGUAGGAUCUAGUAGAUAGUCAGG